AGAUGACAUAACAUUCGUUAAUUCGUUUUAGGUUAGAAAAGAACUUGAGUAAUUUUAUGAAUAUUAUUAAUAUAUUGUUGUGUGAAAGUAGUUAAAGGCACGGGUACCAUGAACUCGUUAAAAUUAAUUUCAAAUCUACUGUCCCAUAAUUUAAAUACUUUUCGCACUGUUAAUUUACAACAAAUUCGCACGAAAUGGGUUAACCGGUGGAUGAUUCGAGACGUAAAGCGGCGUCAGUUAGCCACAGAAUUGGCUCCUGCUAGAUUGCGAGUAAAUUCUCUACGAAGAAAUGAUAUUCUCCCAGCGGAACUUCGAGAAAUAGCUGAUAAGGAAAUCGCCGCGUUUCCACUGAAUUCAACACCUCUAAGAAUUAAUAAACGUUGUGUAGUAACUUCAAGACCGAGAGGAGUCGUGAACAGGUGGAGGGUUAGCAGAAUUGUAUUUAGACAUUUAGCUGAUUACAAUAAAUUGUCUGGUGUACAAAGAGCAAUGUGGUAGUCAAUAUUGUAUAUAUGUAGUCGUUAAUAAAAUUUGCAAAUUGGAA